UGUUUAGGAAAGCCUAAGGGUCUUCAUACAGCUCGGAAACAGAGGACCCACCGCCGAGAACAGAGGUGGCACGACAAGGACUACAAGAAGGCCCAUUUGGGAACACGAUGGAAGGCUAACCCUUUCCAGGGCUCAUCCCACGCCAAGGGAAUUGUCUUGGAAAAAGUGGGAGUAGAAGCCAAACAGCCUAAUUCUGCCAUCCGGAAGUGUGUACGAGUUCAGCUGAUCAAGAACGGCAAAAAAAUCACUGCCUUUGUCCCCAAUGACGGCUGCUUGAACUAUAUUGAGGAAAAUGACGAAGUUUUGGUUGCCGGGUUUGGACGGAAAGGCCACGCCGUGGGAGAUAUUCCCGGUGUGCGGUUUAAGAUUGUCAAAGUGGCCAACACCUCGCUAUGGGCUCUGUUCAAGGGCAAGAAGGAGCGACCACGAUCAUAAUUUAGUGGACUGAUAUUGAAUUAAAGAUGGGAUGAUCAUGAA